UGGUGCUUACAUAAUGCUUCGGGCAGCCCUUCCAUGCGCUCCAUUUUCUCGCCACUACAUCACGGGCGAUGUACUGGCAACCGCUUUUGACACUUGGCUGAGGAUCAGAGCUCAAGGUAAAAUCAAUUGCGACGAUGGUAGGUUUGUAUUGGAAACGUGGUUGUGUGAAAUGAGCUGUAUUCACUAACAUUUGACAGUUUUCCGGCUUCAAUGGUGGAUUUGGAUUCCCAGGAGGCGGCCAGUUUGGCGGGUUUGCUCCGAUGCCGCAAAAGUUUGAAGAGUACUUUAGAUGCUACCCGGUGGAUAUGAUGCCUGAGAGCAUCAAGAAGGAAGAUGCGAAUUACGGUGGUAAGAUCUUCCUUCCUCCGAAUGCGUUGAACAAGCUGACGAUGUUGCACAUCAGAUAUCCAAUGUUGUUUGAGCUGUUGAACGAGAAGGAGAAUUUGAGAACGUUCUCCGGUGUCCUUGAGUUUGUUGCUGAGGAAGGAAGAGUUUAUCUACCGCAGUGGAUGAUGAAUACGCUACACGUGCAGCCAGGAUCUGUGCUGAAGGUGACCAACCAGGACGUUCCACUGGGUAAAUUUGUCAAAAUUGAGCCCCAAUCUGUGGAUUUCUUGGAUAUAUCUGAUCCGAAGGCGGUGCUGGAGAACGUGCUUCGGAAGUUCUCUACUUUGACAGUGAAUGAUAUCAUACAAGUCAACUACAACGAUCACAUAUACGGUAUAAAGGUAUUAGAAGUGAAACCGGAAUCGGCAUUUAACAGUAUAUGUGUGAUUGAAACGGAUUUGGAGACAGAUUUUGCCCCACCAGUUGGUUAUGUCGAGCCGGUUUACUCCAAACAAGAGAAGAAGAAACCAGCGCCAUCCACCAAGAACGUAAUGGGAACCAUGGCUCAUUCCAUUGACUAUGUUAACAUUGCUAAAGGUGCUGCUGAUACCGUUGAGUCGUUUCAUGGCCAAGGUCAGAAAUUAUCAGGAAAGGUGGCAAAACCAGUGAAGAAAGCAGAUGUUGAUCUUGAAAAGCUGAUUGUGAGUGGUGAAGCAGCUCCAUUGACUUUGCCAUUUGGACAGUUGUUCUUUGGGUUCCCAUUGGUGCCUCCAAAGAUUGACGAGACUGUAGGAGAAGAGCCAUCAUCGUCACAUGUCUUUUCAGGACAAGGCCAGUCUCUAAGACAGAGUAAAAAACGCAAGGAUUUCAAGCAACAUGAGAGCCCUAAACCAAAAGUACACAGUCCAGAAGUUAUAGAGAUUGAUUGAAUUAUUUCUUUAUGAAUUGCCU